AUGGCCUCUAUUCGCGUUCUUUCCUUCGAUGCUGAGGGCCGUCCCGUGCAGUUCACUUCCUGGCUCGACGACCUGCAGUUGUAUCUUAUGAGCAAUAGCACGGACCACAUCUCCCUCUAUGACUACGCGUCUGGUGCUGCCGCUGCUCCUGCUGCCACAGCCGAGCUUAGUGUUCGUUCCCACUGGCAGACUCGUGACGCAGCUGCUCGCCUAGCCAUUCGCAGUCACCUGCCGCUAGCUGAGCUCGAGCAUUUUGGCGACUGCAAAUCCGCUAAGGCCCUGUACGAUGCUGUCGUUGCUCGCUACUCCUCGCCUGCCACAGCCGAGCUUAGCCGCCUCAUGCUGCCGUACCUGUUCCCCGAUCUGUCCACCUUUGCUACAGUCGCCGAUCUUAUCACCCACCUUCGCACUAGUGAUGCUCGCCUGCGUGCCGCCCUUCCCACCGAGUUCUGCGCUAAGAACCCCCCUCCACUGUACUGGACACUCCACUUCAUAGUCACCCGUCUCCCUGACACCCUCAGCUCAGUUCGAGACCACUUCCUUGCUCGCUGUCCCACUGAGCUCACAGUCACCCUCCUAGAGGAGCAGCUGCUCGCGGCCGAAAAGAGCAUUGUAGCUGUCGGUGCUGCUCGUGGCGCUCCUCGCACCCCCAUCUUUGAGGGGUGUUCUCCCUCUCCCCUCGCUCCCUCCUACGCUACUGCUGCUGCUGUUGACUUCCUUGGUGCUGAGUCUGCUGGCGCUGCUUCUGCUCCUGGUGGGAGGCGCCGCACCGGCAAGGGCAAGGGGGGCAAGGGUGGUGGUGGUGGCGCUGGGGGGGGAGGAGGUGGGGGAGGUGGGGGGGGAGGCGGUGCUGGAGGGAGCGGUGGCGGGAGCGCUGGUGGGAGUGGGGUCGGCGGUGGAGGCGGGGGCGGCGGAGGGAGCGGUGGCGGUGGUGGCGGCGGCGGCGGUGGCGGCGGCGGCGGCAGUGGCGGUGGCGGCGGUGGCGGUCGGAGCGGUGGUAGUGGUGGCGGCGGAGGUCGGAGUGGAGGCACUGGCUCGGGCCAGAGCUCCCAGCAGCAGCAGCGUCCCCAGACGACCCAGCAGCUUCGUGAGUGGCUUGCUCAGCGUGGGACGUCGGGGGGCAGUGGCCGCUGUUCUUAUGUCAUUCGCACAGGUGACCGCAAGGGACAGACGUGUGGGAGGUUCCACACCCCGUACCGCUGCUUCUCCCGCCUUGACGACGCUUGGCGUGAGGAGAUGGGUGCGGAUGUUGAGCGCCCCCGCUGGGCUGAGCUCAUGAGGGCUGGUGUUGAUGUCUUUGCUCUUGACUAUGAUGCUAUUAUUGCUGCCAUGUAUGCAUUGACUGUUAGUGCCGAGGGAGACUGUUACUUGUGUGUGCCGCCUGACCCAGGUAUAGAGCCCGCUGCCCUGGGUACUAGUGAGUCUGCUCUCUCAGGUACAGCACCCACAGAGACUGCUCUCUCAGGUACCGCACCGGCUGAGGCCUGUCACACCUUCACCCUUGACUCAGGUGCUUCCCGUUGCUUCUUUCGUGACAGUACUGAGCUCACACCGCUUCCUGCACCGGUCCCAGUCUCCUUGGCUGACCCCUCUGGGGGCCCAGUCCUUGCCCAGUCCACCACUGUCCUCCCUUGUCCGGCGGUUCCGUCUGGCUCGUUGUCGGGUUUCCACCUCCCCUCGUUCUCGACGAACCUGGUGAGCAACGCUGUCAUCCAGGAUCAGUGGGUUGACACCUUUACCCCUGGAGGACAGCGUGUGGCGAUCUGCACGUGCUCCAGGACCGGCCGUCACCUGGCUACGUUUACCCGUCGGCCGGGGUCGAGUCUCUACACACUGACCACUGCGUCUCCUCAGGUCGCUGCUGUCGGUCAGGUGUCUGCGUCAGGUCUGGUAGCCCACGCCUGUGAGUGUCGUUCCCUGUCGCACCAGACUCUUCUCUGGCACCACCGCCUGGGUCACCCCUCCUUGCCACGCCUUCGUGGCAUGCACCGUCGCCACCUUGUGUCUGGUCUUCCCAGGUCCCUCCCUCCCCUCCCUGCCUCGCCUGCGCCGCCUUGCCUUCCUUGCGUUGAGGGGCGGCAGCGCGCCGCUCCUCACUCCUCCUCGUUCCCCCCGACAGAGGCUCCUCUGCAGACCCUCCACCUGGACGUGUGGGGCCCAGCCCGCGUUCGUGGCCAGGGCGGUGAGCGGUACUUUUUGCUGGUUGUCGACGACUACUCGCGUUACACCACGGUCUUCCCCUUGCGCACCAAGGGUGAGGUCCCUGCUGUUCUGAUCCCUUGGAUCCGCACAGUUCGUCUCCAGCUCCGCCGCCGUUUCCGGACGGAUCUUCCUGUCCUGCGUCUGCACUCUGACAGAGGUGGUGAGUUUUCCUCCGAUCUCUUGAGGACCUUCUGUCAGGCGGAGGGCAUCGAGCAGACCUUCACGCUUCCGGACUCCCCGCAGCAGAAUGGGGUUGCUGAGCGCCGCAUUGGCCUGGUCAUGGAGGUCGCUCGUACCUCCUUGGUCCACGCGGCGGCUCCCCAUUUUCUGUGGCCGUUUGCUGUCCGGUACGCCGCGCAUCAGCUCAACCUCUGGCCCCAUGUCUCCUUGCCGGAGACCUCGCCCACACUGCGUUGGACGGGGGAGGUUGGCGAUGCGUCGCGCUUCCGGGUGUGGGGUGCUCGUGCCCUUGUCCGCGAUACGUCCGCGGACAAGCUCUCCUCCCGCACGCUUCCCUGUGUCUUCCUUGGCUUUGUCCCUGACGCGCCUGGCUGGCAGUUUUACCACCCCACCUCGCGCCGGGUCUUCGCCUCUCAGGAUGUCACCUUUGACGAGUCGGUCCCUUUUUACCGUCUCUUCCCCUACCGCACUGCCCCCCUCCCUCCCCCGCCGCUUUUCCUUGCUCCUGGUCCCCCUCCGGUAGACCCCCUUCCCCCUCAGGGUCCUGCUCCUUCAGGUGUCUCUCAGGUAGACCCUCCUCCCGUCGCUGAGCCUGUCGAGGUCACAGGUGACUCAGGUGCUGCUGCAGGUGGUACUGCUGGGAGUGCUGAGCCUGGGGGUGCUGAGCCUGCGGGUGCUGGGCCUGGGAGUGCUGGGACUGCGGGUGCUGGAGCUGAGGGUACUGUGCCUGAGAGUUUGCCGCCUGGGGGUGCUGAGCCUGGGGGUGCUGCGACUGAGGGUGCUGAGCCUGCGUGUGCGGAGUCUGGGGGUGCUGAGUCUGGGGGUGCUGAGCCUACGGGUACUGAGCCUGGGGGUGCUGCUACUGAGCCUACGGAGCCUCGGGUUACUGCGUCUGGGGGUGCUCCGGUUCGGGGUGCUGAGCAGUCUCUCACACCGCAGCAGCUUCGUGACUGGUACGUCCGGCGCUUUCGCCGUCCUAGUGGCUCGGCUGGAGUUGGGGGUACUGGAGCUACCGGGACUGGUUGUUCUGGGAGCACUGCGACUGGAGCUGCUGGAGCUGGGGACUCUGGCGCUGGCGGUGCUAGCGGAGUUGGAGCUGCCGACUCUGGGGGUGGCGCUGCUGCUGGUGCUGCGGACCCGCCUGGUGGAGCUGCUGCUGGAGCUGAGGACCCGAGCGGUGGCGCUGCUGCUGGUGCUGGGGACCCGGACGUUGGAGCUCCUGCUGGUACUGAGGACCCGGCCGCUGGAGUCUCUUCUGCUUCUGGAGCCGCUGCGCGGCCGCGACCGUACUUCGUUCCGCUCCUUCAGCAGGUUCUUGGGCAGGCUCCUCCUCCUUGUCCUCCUCCCUCCGUAGAGUGUCCUCCGCCUGUCCAGCCGCAGUCACAGUUACCGCCUGCCUCGCCUCUCCCUGCUCCCUCUCCUUACACUGGUCCCACAGGAGGUCUUACAGAGCGUCGUGAGCCUGAGUCUCGUCCUGCGUCGCCUGUUCGUCUUGCUCGCACUGGUAGUCGUGUCCGUCGUGAGCGUCCUCCUCCUGUCCCAGGCACUCACUACAUGACUCUGCGUCCCUCUACUGCUCCUCGGCGUGUCCCUCUACCGUCUCCUCCUGCGUCCUCUUUGCCUGCCAUUCCGGACCCUGAGUCUGACCGGUAUCGCGCUGAGCACCCUACAGUCACGCGUCUCCUAGCUACUGUUGUCACUGACCCUACCUUUGAGUCCUCGGCUGCGUCUGCUCUGGUCGCUGAGUUGGUUGCCUUUGCUGCUGCCUGUCGUCUAGACUACGCUGCUAGCCUUGUUGCUGAGCCUGCGUCUGCGUCUGUCUGUCCUCCGUCCGUCGGGGGUGAGUGUGCUCUUGGCACGGACGUCCUUGAGGACAGGCAGGUUGACUUUGACUCUCUUGCGGCUGCUGUACCUCAUCUCGUGGCCUGGUUGCUUGCCCCUGAGGGAGACCCGGAUGCACUAGACAUCCCCACUCCGCGCACUUACGCAGAGGCGAUCUCGGGUCCCUACUCCUCUCAGUGGCAGACAGCCAUGGACGCAGAGAUGGCAUCCUGGAAGUCCACAGGCACCUACGUCGACGAGGUUCCCCCUCCUGGGGUGAACAUCGUCGAUGGCAUGUGGAUUUUCAGGGUGAAGCGGCCGCCAGGUUCUCCGCCUGUCUUCAAGGCUCGUUACGUUGCUAGAGGCUUCAGUCAGCGUCAGGGGGUCGACUUCUUCCAGACCUUCUCCCCCACCCCGAAGAUGACCACUCUUCGGGUUCUGCUGCACGUUGCUGCUCAGCGUGACUACGAGCUUCACUCUCUUGACUUCAGCACAGCGUUCCUGCAGGGCAGCCUGCACGAGGAGAUCUGGCUGCGCCGCCCACCUGGCUUUACUGGGUCGUUUCCCCCUGGUACCCAGUGGAGUCUCCGCCGGCCAGUCUACGGUCUCCGCCAGGCGCCACGUGAGUGGCACGACACACUGAGGACUACACUUGCGGCUCUUGGGUUCGCGCCGUCUACUGCUGACCCGUCGCUGUUUCUGCGCACAGACACGUCGCUGCCGCCGUUCUACAUUCUCGUGUACGUCGACGACUUAGUCUUUGCUACUGCUGACACUGAGGCACUCGCUCGUGUGAAGUCGGAGCUGCAGAAGAGACACACCUGCACUGACCUGGGUGAACUGCGUAGCUACCUUGGCUUGCAGAUCACCCGGGACAGAGCUCGCCGCACCAUCACCCUGACUCAGUCACACAUGGUGCAGCAGGUCCUUCAGCGCUUCGGCUUCCAGUUCUCCUCACCACAGGCCACACCUCUGGCUACCAGCCACUCGCUCUCAGCUCCACCUUCGGACGAGUCCGUAGAGCCGAGUGGCCCGUACCCAGAGCUUGUAGGCUGCCUCAUGUACCUGAUGACUUGCACGCGCCCUGACCUCGCGUACCCUCUUAGCAUCCUUGCUCGUUACGUUGCGCCUGGGAGACACAGGCGAGAGCACUGGGAGGCUGCUAAGAGGGUGCUGCGUUACUUGUGCAGUACAUCAGGCAUGGGGCUGGUGCUUGGAGGACGCGACAGAGUUGUCCUCACUGGUCACUCGGACGCUUCUUGGGUGGACGACCUGGCUACGCAGCGGUCGUCACAGGGUUACACCUUCAGCCUUGGCUCUGGUUCUGUCUCGUGGCGGUCCACCCGCUCUUCCUCUGUUCUCGGCUCUAGUUGUGAGGCUGAGAUCUACGCCACAGCCAUGGCUGCACAGGAGUUACGCUGGCUCACCUACCUGCUGACUGACUUGGGAGAGCGGCCUAGUUCUCCUCCAGUUCUGUACGGUGACAACAAGGCGGCUCUUGCCUUGUGUCAGGAGCACAGACUGGAGCACAGGACGAAGCACAUUGCUCUUCGCUACUUUCUUGCUCGAGAGCUUCAGCAGCGCGGUCAGCUUCGGCUUGUGUACGUGGACUCGAAGGCCAACACUGCUGAUAUCUUCACCAAGGCGCUCCCGCCUAGUGAUCAUCAGCGGCACUGUACUUCUUUAGGCCUUGUGUCCACGUUUCCUCACUUGCUCACUGCUUGA